UCCAGUAUUUCAUGUCAUAUUAUUUGGAGGUGUACUUUGUGGAGAUUGUAGAGAAAAUGGCACUUGAAACCCUUUCUUCCAACGAGCUCUUGAACUUUGUUAUCUAUGAUACCAUAUCUGGAACCCCAUAUAGCAGCCAUGACUCAUUGGUGACUAAAUGCUCGUUGGAAAAUAGUUUCAGCUACCAAGAACAAGCUAGUAGUGCUUUGAAUUGCUUGUCAAUGAUGACUCCACAAUGCCACUCAACAGGAGCGGAAACUGUUGAUCGGAGGCCGAACUUGGCAGCUCAAGGGAGGAAAAAGAGAAGGAGAAAAGCGAGGGUUUGCAAGGACAAAGAGGAGGCUGAGACACAAAGAAUGACUCACAUUGCUGUUGAGAGGAACAGGCGAAAGCAAAUGAAUGAGCAUCUGGCUGUUUUACGCUCCCUUAUGCCUGAAUCUUAUGUCCAUAGGGGUGAUCAAGCAUCCAUAGUUGGUGGAGCUAUAGAGUUUGUGAAGGAACUUGAGCAUCUUCUGCAAACCCUUGAAGCUCAAAAGCUUCGAGUACUGCAUCAAGUAAGACCAGCUGAUGCCAAUGAAUUAGAAACCACCAACUCCAUAUUGCUAUCACCACCAUUUCCACAAUUUUUCAUGUAUCCUCAGUACACCUGGUCUCAGAUCCCUAAUAAAUAUACAUCAAAGACUAAGGCAUCAAUAGCUGAUAUUGAGGUGACAUUGAUCGAAACUCAUGCUAAUCUCCGAAUUCUCUCACGAAAAGGUCCCAGGCUGCUUUCCAAGAUUGUUACUGGUUUUGAGUCACUUUACCUUUCCAUCCUCCACCUAAAUGUCAUAACCGUGGAUCCAUUAGUUCUCUACUCUAUCAGUGCCAAGGUUGAAGAAGGAUGCCAACUCAGUUCAGUAGAUGACAUAGCAGGGGCAGUUCACCACAUGCUCGGAAUAAUUGAGGAAGAUGCUACUGCCUUAUGUUGAUCAACUUUGUGCUAGCUACCCAAAUUACUUUUUGGUUUAUGGUCAAAUCACCAAAAAGCUACCACUUUUUUCUUUAUUUUUUAGGGUCUUUUUAGAGGAUUGUUUAAAGUUUCUGUAUUUUAGUUUUUACCGUUCCUGUAUGUACGUUGCUUGAGUCAAUGAAAUGUGGUGUGUUUUGAUGUUCAUCUAGUAAAUGAAGUAUGGAUGUUUAGUAUUGGGUGUGUUUGAACUAUAAACUUUGUUACUACUUUCUUUUUCUUUAAAUGUCAAUUGGAUCGAUGUGAAGAUAUUGAGGUCUCAUGCAUGCAUGGAUGCAUGCUUAACAUGCUUUGUUUUGCAUAUGA